AUGAACUCGGAGCUUCGCCUCUGCUUUAAAAAGGUUUUGACACCGCCCCCAGUGCUGCUCAUCCAAGUCGCCGACAGUGGAGCCUUUUCUGUGCUUGGGAUGUGCUCUGCACGUGUUAGCGUUGCUGACCGCUCCACAACUGUGCUUUUUGCCGUGCUCGAGAAGUGCUCUCAUGAACUCAUCCUGGGCAUGGACUUUCUUGCCGGGCACUCUGCCUUAAUUGACUGUGGAAUAGGCCUGCUUCAGCUUGACCUACCUUAUUGCUAUGACACUCCAACUACACCUCAACCACACACUCCUUUGCUCGCUACUGCGUCUCCUUCACAGAGCUUCACUGAUGCCGACUUUACCAAGAUGAUCGCGCCAGACCUCUUUCCAGCACAGGCAGCCGAUCUCCGGCAUAUCUUGGCAUCCUUCAGGAAAAUCUUCGACUUUGGCGACAGCCCUUUAGGUCAGACGUCCGUUGUUACUCACAGGAUCAACACUGGAGACGCCAGCCCAAUCUGA